AGGAAGAGGAGGGUAGUUCAUCCAUGCCAGGAUCCCACUGCCCUCCAGCUGUUCCUGCUGUGCUUCCCGCUUGCUCCAUGCCCCUGGCCACGGAUGUCCUUGUCCUUCCCAUGUCCCCUGGUGGAACAGGGAAAGGUGGAUGGCAGCUGGGGGUAGAAUUCCCACCUUCGUGCCCUGCUCCGGGGGUCUCCAUGUGGCCUGGGGUGUCCAGUGCUGGGUGGCGAUGGGAAUGGGAUGAGGCGCAGGGACCGGGAUGAGGAAGAGGAUGAGGAGCAGAGAUGGGGAUGGGGAGUGGGAGGGGGUGAGAAUGGGAAGCAGGGGUGGUCGUGGGGAGUGGGGUGAGGAUGAGAAUGGGGAACAGGUCGGGGAAUGGGAGCAGGGCUGGGAAUGGGCAGUGGAAUGAGAAGUGGCUCGGGCUGGGGAGCAGGAGCCGGAGCACCGGGCACGGCCGGGCUUUAGGACCCGGCGGGACGAGGCGGCGCCGGUGCCGGUCCCGCCCCGGCCCCAUUGUCUGGACGCGGGGGCGGAGGGACGGGAGGCACCGGCGGAGCGACGGGAGGCACCGGCACCGGCGGCACCGGUGGACGGACCGCCCCCCGGCCAUGGCCCUGGCGCCCCGGCUGGCGCUGCUGGCCGCCGCCCUGCUCUGCUCCCCGGUGAGGGGUGAUGGGGAGCCCCCAGAUCCCGUGUUCCUGCCGGCGGAACUGGAGGUCCUUGGGGUGCCCGAGUCCUACCGGCUGCAGAGGGUGGAUCAGGACGUGGCUCCCAACUCUUCCCUGAACACCCGCUCCGAGACAUUCCUGCUGCUUCGUGCUGGAUCCCAGCCCCUAGUCCAGGCCACCUACGCUCCGUUCAGCAUCCGCCAGGAGGUGUCCAUGGAGAGCCCGCCCGGCUCAGCAGCUUGGUCCAUCCGUGCCGUGUCCCUGGAGAGCUCUGUGUCCCCUGCUGAGCCCGUGGCCCGUGUCCUCUUCCAUCUGUACGGGCCUGACUGGAUGCCUGGGAAGCAGGAUCACGCCAGAAGCCGGGAUCAUCCCAAGGACUGGAACCACCCUGGGAUCUGGGAUCACGCUGACGUCCAGGACCACCCUGGGGGUCAGGGUCACCCCAGGGACUGGGAUCAUCCCAGGGAGCAGGACCACCCCAGGCGCCAGGACCAUCCUGAGCAGUGGGACCACCAUAGAGUCUGGGAUCACCCCAAGGAGCAGCACCACCCUGGGAUCCAUGAUCACCCCAAGAACUGGGACUACCCCAAGGACCGGGAUCACCGUGAGCAGCAGGACCACCAUAGAGUCUGGGAUCACCCCAAGGAGCAGCACCACCCUGGGAUCCAUGAUCACCCCAAGAACUGGGACUACCCCAAGGACCGGGAUCACCGUGAGCAGCAGGACCACCCUAGGAACUGGGAUCCUUCUAGGGAUCGGGAUCGCUCCAGAGCUCGGGAUCUCCCCUGUGUCACCCUCCAUGCUCACCACCGCGGGCGGGUGGCCCGGGGGACAUGUCGCCUGCAGGCCCCAUUGGGAGUGUGCGUGGUGGAGCUGGAGAUCCCUCCACGCUGGUUCUCCCUGGGAUCUCUCCAUUCCCACCGGAGCCAUCGGCGGGAUUCCGAUCCCUUGGAGCCUCCGGAGCACCCAGAACCGGCUGAGCUGCGCUACAGCGUGGGGGAGUGUGGGAGUCAGGAGCGGGAGGCUCUCACAUUCCUGGGAAUGCUGGAGCUGCGGGCAGGAGAGCCGGAGCGGCGGCAGGAGGUGUGGCUGGACGAGAAGGUGCUGCUGCGUGUCCCCAAUGUCCCCCUGCGACCCGGGCAGCGCUUCACGGCCACCAUCGCCCUGCGCCACAACUUCACCGCUGACAGCCUGACCUUGAGGAUCAAGGCCAAGAAGGGCCUGCAGGUGGUCUCGGCCCAUCCCACAAUUCCCAGCACCUGGAGCGUGCACCUGGAGCGUUCCCGCGGUCCCAAGCACUCCACAGCUGUGGUGACGUGCCGGCGGCUUGGGGACAUUCCUGCCAUCCCUGACAGCUCCAGGGUGUCCGAGCCGGCCACGUUCCUGCACCUGGAUGUGGCGGUGGAAAACGGGACGGGAGGGCUGGCGCCGGCGCGGCCCCUCACGUGGCAGGUGGAGUAUCCUGGCCAGGAUCCCGAGGCACAGAAGGACAAACUGGUCUGGGAAAUCCAGGUGUCGGAGCGAGACAUCCGCGCCCUCGUCCCGCUGGUGCAGGAGCUGGAGAUCCUGAACACGGCGCCGCUGACCGGGAUCCCCCGCGUUAUCCCGGUGAAACUGGUGGCUGUGGAAGCAGGGGGUGGAGUGUCCGAGCUCACGGAUCCUGUAGGAUGUGAAUCCGCUGACAAGCAGGUGCUGCAGGUGUCAGAUUCCUGCGACCUGGUGUUCGUGGGGGGCAAGGAGAGCCGAGGGGCGCGGGGGGCCCGCGUGGAUUUCUGGGUGCGCCGGCUGCGGGCGGAGCUGAGCUUCUCCGUCUGGGCUCCGCUGCUCCCGCUCCGUGUCCAGCUGGGUGAUCCCAUCCUGGAGCAGCUCCGUGGCUGGAGACUGCCCGGGGGGCCUGACAGUGCCGUGGUGGAGUCUGAGGACCCCGCAGAGGAGCCGGAGCGGCGGGCGCGGGGCUGCCGGCCCCAGUACCAGCGCACGGGGCUCCGUGUGCUCGCACACUUUGUGGCCCACCCCCUGGAUGGUGGCCGUCACCUGUCCUACCUGCCCGGCCCUGAGUGGCUCCUGGAUGUCACUCACCUGGUGGCUGCCCGGACCCGUGUCCAGGACCCCCGCGUGGCCUCACUGGAAGCAGGGGCCAUGGUGGUGGGCCGGGAGCCUGGUGUCACCUCUGUGGAGGUGCGCUCCCCGCUCUCUGACUCCAUCCUGGGGGAGCAGACGCUGGUGGUUUCUGAGGAGAAGGUGACAGUGACAGAGCUCCACGCCCAGGUGGUGGCUGGGCUCUCCUUAUCCCUGCGGACACAGCCAGAUCAUCCUGGCGUGGUCACCGCCACCGUCCUAGGGACACCCACACUACGGGCCCUCAAGCAGGAAGCGACACUGUCCAUCUGGCUGUCCUUCUCCGACCACACGCUGGCCCCACUGGAGCUCUACGGGUGGCACGACGUGGCUUUGACCGUGACGUCCCUUGACCGCGCCGUCGCCACCGUCAGGGGGUCCCCUGGGGUGCCCGCUGCCCACCCGUGGGUGGUGGCUGAGGGGCCGGGCCGGGGGGCCCUGCUGCAGCUCAGCCUGCACGCCCCCGAGCCGUGCCGGCGUGGGCGGCACCGAUCCGCCCUGGCCGCCGGCACCGCCUGGCUCGAGGUGGGGGUCCCCUCUGCAGGGAGCCCCCGGCCCUUCCCGCGGGCCGAGGGCGCCAUGUCCGGGGAGGCGGUGACCGUGGGACGCAGGGACCCUGCGGGCGUGGGGCCGGCGGCCACCAAGCUCCAGGGGUCUUCCUCGGAAGAGGAUGAAGAGGAAGGCUACGGACACAACCGCGCCGGCCUGGGAGAGGAGGAGGAGGAGGAAGAGGAGGAGAUGGUGAAGGCUCCGGAGCGGGUGACUGACCUGGAAAUUGGGAUGUACGUGCUCCUGGGAGUCUUCUGCCUCGCCAUCUUCAUCUUCCUCGUCAACUGCAUCUUCUUCGUGCUCCGGUACCAGCAGAAGGAGCUGCCCGAGCCAGGCGGGGCCCCCUCAGCCCCGCAGCCCCACAACUGGGUCUGGCUGGGCACCGACCAGGAAGAGCUGAGCCGGCAGCUGGAUCGGCAGCAGCUGGAUCGGCCGCAGCUGGAUCGCCGGCAGCCGGAACCCCCGGCAUCGCCGAGCCCCCCCUGUGGCUGCGGGGUCCCCCCGGGCUCUGGAGAGGACGGGGCUCCCCCCGGCUCCCCGGCCCCCGGCGCGCCGCCGCUGUCCCGCAAGGAGGGGUCGGCUCCGGGGGGCGGCCGCAGGAAGCGGGUGGAGUUUGUCACCUUCGGCCCCCCCCGCGUCCCCGAGGAGCCCUCCCCGGCCGCCCCCCACGUCCAGUCCAUCCUGGUGGCCAGCGAGGACGACAUCCGCUGGGUGUGCGAGGACAUGGGGCUGCGGGAUCCCGAGGAGCUCCGGAGCUACAUGGAGAGGAUCCGCGGCAGCUCCUGACCCCGAGGGGGCGACUCCCGGACCCCCCAAUUCCCGGGCAAACCAGUAAGGGCCUGACCUCCUCCCCGUGCCGUGCUGGGGGGACACCGACCCCCCUUCCCAGUGGGAUGUGCCGGGGACCACUGGUGGCCUCCUGGGACCACCCCAAGGUGCCCACAGAGGGUGAGGGGGAUGUCUUCCAGCCCUGUCCUUACGGGGCUGGAUCCCGGUGGCACCGGGGAGGAAUUUGGGAUGCUCUUACUGCUUUGGGUCUCAUUGCGACAUGGUGUUCAUAGUGGUGAUGAUGAUGGUGGUGAUGAUUCCUGUGGUCUGAUCCCGGGGAGGAUCCUGUAUCCCCCCCACCUUCACCUCGGCCACGCAUCCGUUUUGUACACAUUUUUUAUCGGGAAUGCCCGGGAAGGGGCUGCCAGGGGCUGGUAUUUAUGGAAAAUUUUUAAUUCUGACAUUGUUACAAAAAUAAAAGUAUUUAAAAAAAAAAAAAAAAA